CCAGUCGGUGCGAGCGCGAUCAGCCACGCGCACCUCUGUGCCGCGCGUCAUCUACGAAACGAAUUAUAUCGAAACAUUCGAAUCAAACGGUCUCUGUCCAUUGUCGUAUCACUAUUGUCAGUGACAGCGUUACGUCCAGUGUCAAGUUCAGUGUUUGCGUUCGGUACGAGUUUUCUAGCUUUUUACUUGUAUAUGUUUACUACUGUCGGUGUUUUAUUUAUGUGUCAUUCAUUGGAUUUACCUCAAUUGAAAGUUUUUGAAGAACAUGUUUUGUACUUUACAUGCGCUGGAUUUAAAGUAUUGUUUACAUUCUUCAUGUAUAGACUUUGACAUGUGUUAAGGUUGAACAAAAUUAUUUGUGACAUAAUGUGUUAAAGUCUGGUUAGUUUACCAAUGUGGUUGUGACCCUCAGAUGAAAACAUCAGUUCUAUUUUGUGUCGUUGUAAAGUGAUGGUUGUCAACAGCAAUGCCAGAUUGGCGAUACAACGUGCUCUCGACCAACGAGGCAUUCAUAGACACUGAAGGGGCGCCCAUGCGUGACCCAUUGGCUGCGAGCUACCCGCGCCGCGCCGACCGCAGCAGACCGCACCACACCUGCCCCUACACCACCAUAUUCCUGGGUGGCCGAUCACAUCACGCUCCUUACAGAUUACCAGCUCUGCAGAGUGAAUCCAUUGAUCCCUAUGCAGAUGUUUACUCUGUGGACCGUUCAUCUAAUCUCACCGAUACCUCAAGUUUUGCACGAUACGAGGACUGUCGCCCACACAUCGAUGAGAUAUUGUCAGAAUCCGAGGAUCAGGCUUACACUGAUGGCAAUUUGACGGAUAAUUUAACACUACAAGUUCAAAAAGUGCCAUACGCUUCGAGUGUGUUUUAUAUCUCCGCAAAAACCGAAGCAGCACGGAAAGAGGUAGUGCAAAGUAAUGAUGUCUUCCUCGUGGAAGAAUCCGAUUCGGAUGCAUUAUCAUCAUGCACCUGUGACAGUUUUGAACGAUGUGAGUUUGAUUGUAGAGACUUUGAACCGUUCUCGGACACGUGUUGUUGCGAUCCAUUAAGUGACGGUGUGUGUAGUCGGAGUCCUAAGGAUGUCGACUCUCCGGAACAUUUCUGUGAUCGAGUGGCGGAAGAGGAUGGUGUAUCUAAUCGCAGUGACAUGGACGGUUUGGACCUUGCUCUGUUUGAACCGGCUCAAACUGAGUCUGGUGAAGGUGAAGAAGCGCCUGCACAGACGACUGCUGUAUCUGCUUCGUCCACCUUGGGUGGAGUAUUGUAUGCUCUGCCUGACGGCUGCAUUGUUAAGCGCAAGUAUCCCGGAACCGUUGUAGUGAUAACGCUCAAUUAUAGUGAUUAG